AUGGCCAACUCCACCAAGGUCGCGGUACUCCUUGUUUUACUGCAGGUGUCGUGCGCCGUUUCCCGGCCCCACAUUUCUCCAGGGAAGUCGUUGCUCGUCAACACGCCGGCGGUGAUGACGGUGAACGGCUUCCAGGAAGGAGAGGGAAGCGGGCCGGCGGCGUGCGACGGCCAGUACCACAGCGACGAAGAGUUCAUCGUGUCCCUGUCGUCUGAGUGGUUCGACGGCGGGGCACGGUGCGGCAAGCUGAUCCGCAUCCAGGACUCUGCCAACCUUCACAUCACUGCCAAGGUCGUGGACGAGUGUGGCGACUGCGACAACGAGGUGGGCGCGUCCGCACAGAUCUGGCGUAACUUCAAUCUUGACCCCAGCGUCGGCGAGGCCAAGAUCAGCUUCUCGGACGUCGUCGAAUGA